AUGGCCAACAUUAACGAGAAGAAACUACAGUCCGAGAACAAGCAUGUUGAAAACGUCGAGGCUGAGGCGCUGUCGCCCGAUUUUGAGCAGGAGAUUAUCUCUUAUGCCCCUCGCCUGCGAGGAAGAUCCUUGACGAUGAUGCUGGCCUUCGUGGCUGGUACAGGUUUUACUCUGUUCGGGUACGAUCAGGGUGUCAUGAGCGCCCUUCUGACCGCCCCACAAUGGGAAAAGGUCUUUCCCCAGACUGUCACAUCGGACGAACACCCAAACCAUGCUACUCUUCAGAGCUUCAUUGUAGCUAUCUACGAGAUAGGCUGUCUCAUUGGCGCUCUCUCAAACCUUUGGGUUGGAGACAAAUUGGGCAGACGGAAGACUAUCUUUGUCGGCGGAGUCAUCAUGAUUAUCGGUGCCAUAUUGCAGGCUUCAUCGUUCAGUUAUGCUCAGAUGGUAGUGGCACGAAUUGUCACGGGCUUUGGGAAUGGUCUUAACACCUCAACUGUACCCGCAUAUCACGCUGAAUGUAGUGCCGCGGAACACCGAGGCGCCUACAUUAUGAUAGAGGGAAGCUUGAUCACUUUCGGUAUCAUGGUUUCAUAUUGGAUAGACUUUGCGCUGUUCUGGGCCGGUAACUCGUCUGCACAAUGGAGGGUCCCCAUUGCACUCCAAAUCUUCUUCGCCCUCGUUCUUAUCUUCGGCGUCACCCUUUUACCAGAGUCGCCGCGAUGGCUGGUCAAGCAUGGACGUGACGCAGAAGCACUCGCCGUGAUCUCAGCUUUAGACGACAAACCUCAUGAUGAUGCAGAGGUCCGGCGUGUGUACCACGGUAUUCGCGAAGCUAUCAUGAUUGAAGGUGACGACAGUGGAAAGACGAGUAUGAGCGAGCUUUUCCACAAUGGACCGAGCCAGAACUUCCGUCGCGCAGCGCUCGGAGUCAUCGUACAGUGCUUCCAGCAAAUUACCGGUAUCAAUCUAAUUACUUACUACGCUACACUCCUCUUCGAACGUCUCGGUCUGGACGACGUCAAGUCUCGUAUCAUCGCAGCAUGUAAUGGUACCGAGUAUUUCAUGGCUAGCAUUAUCGCCAUUUUCCUCAUCGACCGCGUGGGCCGUCGCCCACUCAUGCUAUGGGCUGCCCUCGGGCAAUGCCUCACCAUGGUCCUGCUGGCCAUCCUCGGGGCUGUCGACAAUUCGGCGACACAGAUUGUGUCUGCUGUGCUUCUGUUCGUCUUCAAUUCAUUCUUUGCGGUUGGAUGGUUGGGAAUGACUUGGCUAUACCCUGCUGAAAUCGUUGGCCUCCGUAUUCGUGCACCAGCUAACAGUCUAAGCACCGCCAUGAAUUGGACUGCCAAUUUUUUGGUGGUCAUGAUCACCGGCCCAUCCUUUCAAAAUAUCGGUUUCUACACCUAUGUCGGCGAGUUUUUUGCCGUGCUGAACGCCUUUAUCAUCCCCAUUGUGUACCUUUUUUUCCCAGAAACUGCUGGGCGUUCAUUAGAAGAUAUGGACCUUAUUUUCGCUAUUGCAUAUCGUGAGGGCGUUUCUCCGGUAGGAGUAUCGCUCCGCAAAGACCUCCCUAUUGCUGGAACACCAGAGGCCGAUGAGAUUCUGGGUAUCAAGCGCACCACGCCACAGAACGAGAAGGAGCCCACCGCUACGCCACAAUCGGAUUGA